AUGAUAAAGGUAUUGAUCUUAUUAAUUAUUAGGUUAUUAAUUAUAUUGGGAUGAUAAAUAUGAUGAGGCUAUAGAAGUGCUAGAAAAAUCUAUAAAAUAAGAUUCAAAUAAUCAUCAAUCAUUAUGGUGUAAAGGUUAAAUAAUAAAAUAAUUUAACAGGUUCAUGUUUAAGAUUAUUAAAUAACUAUGAGGAUGCAAUCACUUGGUAUGACAAAGCAUUAGCUAUUGAUUCGCAGCAUGUUGAUUCUUUAUGUGAAAAAGGUAGAUAGCAUCAUAAUUUAAUUAAUAGGUGAUUGUAUAAGAUUAUUAAAUAACUAUGAGGAUGCAAUCACUUGGUAUGAAAAAGCAUUAGCUAUUAAUUCUAAACAUGUUGAUUCUUUAUUUGGAAAAGGUAGAUAGCAUCAUAAUUUAAUUAAUAGGUGAUUGUUUAAGAUUAUUAAAUAAAUAUUAGGAUGCAAUCACUUGGUAUAACAAAGCAUUAGCUAUUGAUUCAAAGCAUGUUGAUUCUUUAUGUGAAAAAGGUAGAUUGCAUCAUAAUUUAAUUUCUAGGUGAUUGCUUAAGAUUAUUAAAUAAAUAUUAGGAUGCAAUCACUUGGUAUAACAAAGCAUUAGCUAUUGAUUCGAAGCAUGUUGAUUCUUUAUGUGAAAAAGGUAGAUUGCAUCAUAAUUUAAUUAAUAGGUGAUUGCUUAAGAUUAUUGAAAAAAUAUGAUGAAUCUUUUAAAGCAUUAGAUUAAGCACUUUCCAUUAAUCCUCAACAUAACUUUUCUCUUAAAUCUAAAGGUAUAUUUUAAUAGUAAUUUGUAGGUUUAUGCUUAGAAGAUCAAUAUAAAUAUAAAGAAGCCUUAAUUUAUUUUGACAAAUCAUUAAAGAUAAACCCAAAUGAUCUAUGGACAAUAAACUAAAAGAGUAUUUUUAACAUAUUAGAUUAGAAAUUUGUGAGAAUAAAUUAAAGCAAUGA